AUGCUGUUCACCAAACUCGGAGACCUUCGGCUCAACAUCGCCCUCUCUCAAAUGCUAAGUCCUCCCCUCUACUCCCUGUUCAAGCAUGACUGCACGCCCACCCACAGCUCCAACACCAUCAUCAAAAUUGGAACACAGGUGUAUCAAAAACUCAUGGCUAAUUCGUAUGCAAGUAAAGGGGAGCCAGUGAUGCAAAGCCCUGUCGGACAGAUGGACAUACCUUUCAGCUUCCACUUCUUGGAAAGCAUGCUUCCCAAAGCAGUGAAGCGGCGAGUGCAUGCCUUGAAAAGGCUACAGGUGCAGUGCGUCAACAUAGAAGCCAAAUUCUACGAGGAAGUCCACGAGCUAGAGAGGAAGUACGCUGCCCUCUACCAACCACUGUUUGACAAGAGACGGGAUAUUGUCACAGGAACAGUGGAGCCCACAGAAGAGGAGUGUGAGUGGCACAGCGACAGAGAGGAAGAGGAAGAGCUAGCUGAGGAAGUAAAGGAAAAAGCUGCCCUUGAGGACCCCAAAGGCAUUCCCGAGUUCUGGCUCACCAUAUUCAAGAAUGUGGACAUGCUCAGUGACAUGCUAGAGAAGCACGAUGAGCCCAUCCUAAAGCACCUGAAAGAUAUUCAGAUCAAGUUUUCUGAACCUGUACAGCCGAUGAGUUUCACAUUAGAGUUCCACUUUGAGUCGAAUGGUUACUUCAACAAUGCAGUCCUCACUAAAGUCUACAAGAUGAAGUCAGAGCCCGAUGCCCCAGACCCGUUCUCAUUUGAGGGCCAAGAGAUCAUUGACUGCGAAGGCUGUCAGAUAGAUUGGCAUAACGGCAAGGAUGUGACAGUGAGAACUAUAAAGCAGAAGCAUAACGACUGCGGCAACAUUCGCACUGUUAGCAAACAGGUCCCCAACUACUCUUUCUUCAACUUCUUUAAUCCAGUUAAAGCUUCACCAGGCGGAGAAAUGGAUGAAGACUCUGAGAUCGGUAAUUUCUUCCACGAGAGAAUAGUUCCCAGAGCUGUGCUGUAUUUCACUGAGGAGGCCCUGGAAGAUGACGAGAGCUUCGAAGAGGAGGAGUUGGAAGAGGGAGAUGAAGAGGACCAAGACAAUGAAGGCUAUGACGACGAUUAUGAGGGAGACUGCGACCCCAAGAGUGUUGCUGCUGAUCUGUGGACAGUCAGCUGA